AUGUACUUAGCCGCCGGACGUUUUUCUUCCUACUCUUGUUCUACAUCGUGUUUCUCCUGCAUCUUUCUUCUGUGUCUUGUUAUUUGGCCUUGGGAGUCUCCCGGCUUCUCGAUUGAUACCCAUAAACGUUUUCUCCCGCUAGAGUACCAAACGCUUACUACACAUUCAGAUACUCUGAUUUUAGACAUUGUUUUCUCUUUAUCAACUACCCGGAGUUUUGAAGAGAUGGCUCCGGCAGGACUUCCGGAAUUCAGUCUGAGUGGGAAGGUCGUGCUGGUGUCUGGAGCCGCCCGCGGUCUCGGUCUUACUCAAGCCGAAGCAGUGCUAGAAGCUGGAGCGACAGUCUACGCUCUAGACCGACUCGACGAGCCUUCCCCCGAUUUCCACAGAGUCGCCGAGCGCGCGGAGAAGGAACUCAACACGUCACUGCACUACCGCCGAAUCGAUGUACGAGAUGCUGCUGAUCUGAACAAGAUCGUCGAGGAGAUUGGUACCAAGCAUGGCAGGAUGGAUGGGUUGAUUGCAGCGGCGGGGAUCCAGCAGGAGACGCCGGCGCUUGAGUACACAGCCGAAGACGCAAAUCGCAUGUUUGAAGUCAACAUCACGGGCGUAUUCAUGACGGCGCAAGCUGUUGCGAAGCAGAUGAUUCGAUUUGGGAAUGGCGGGAGCAUGGUGCUCAUUGCGAGUAUGUCAGGGUCGGUGGCCAAUAGGGGCCUGAUCUGCUCCGCAUACAAUGCCUCCAAAGCGGGCGUCAUCCAGCUAGCUCGCAACCUCGCAGCAGAAUGGGGCGAGCACAAUAUCCGCGUCAACACAAUCUCGCCCGGUUACAUCGUCACAGCCAUGGUGGAAGCGCUUUUUGAGCAAUAUCCCGAUCGUAAAGAGAGCUGGCCAAAACAGAACAUGCUCGGUAGGCUGUCUAAGCCGCAGGAGUAUCGGGGCGCUGCGGUUUUCUUGCUCAGUGAAGCGAGUAGUUUUAUGGUGAGCAGUGAUCCUUGGUUCUAG